AUGUCUUACCGCGACAACGACAACGACAACUCCAGCUACGGUGGUGGCAACAACGACAGCUACGGCUCGUCUAACCGCCGCGACAAUGACAGCUACGGCUCGUCUGGAAAUGAUUCCUAUGGCUCUUCUGGCCGUACUGGCGGCAGCGACUCCUACGGCUCUUCUGGCCGAAGUGGACGCGAUGAUGAUAACAGCUUCGGCUCAUCUGGUAACAACCAGUCUUCCUAUGGCUCUUCGGGCCGUGACAAUGACAACAAGUUUGGCUCCUCUGGCAACGAUAGCUACGGCUCUUCUGGCCGCAGUGGCCGUGACAAUGACACUAGCUUUGGUUCAUCCGGAAAUGACAGCUACGGCUCAUCUGGCCGCACUGGAGGUAACGACUCCUAUGGCUCAUCCGGUCGCAGUGGCCGUGAUAACGACAACAGCUUUGGUUCAUCUGGCAAUGAUAGCUAUGGCUCUGGCAACAAGUCCUCUUCUUACGGCUCAUCCGGCCGCGACAACGACGACAGCUAUGGCUCUUCUGGCCGCAGUGGUCGUGACAAUGACAACAACUUUGGUUCCUCUGGAAAUGACAGCUACGGCUCAUCUGGUCGCACUGGUGGCAGUGACUCGUACGGCUCUUCUGGCAACGACAGCUACGGCUCCGGCAACAACAAGUCGUCAUAUGGCUCCGGUGGCAACGACUCCUACGGCUCUAGCAACCGUGACGACGACAACAGCGGCGGCAGCAAGGUCGGCAAGUUCCUCGAGAAGGCCGGCGAUGUCCUCGGCAGCGACAGCCUUGCUAGCAAGGGCCGCUCCAAGCAGGGCCGCGAUGAUGACUACUAA